CAUUGGUCAUGAGACUUUAAUAAAACGGAAAGCAGAGGAAAAAUUAGAAAGCUACAGAAGAAAGAUUCACAUGAAAAACAAAGCUGAAGAAAACGCUGCAGAGCAGUUCCGAAUGCGACUUAAAAGUAAGCAAGAUGAAAUGAAGCUGGAAGGAGAUCUUAGAAGAAGCCAGCGAGCUUGUCAACAAUUGGAUACUCAGAAGAAUAUACAGGUUCCCAGGGAGGCCUGGUACUGGCUGAGGCUCGAAGAGGAGACUGAAGAAGAGGAAGAGGAAGAAAACGAACAAGAUGAAGAUGAAUAUGAGAGUGACGAUUUAAGUGUACUGGACAAAUUACAAAUAUUGACGAGUUAUUUAAGAGAAGAACAUCUGUAUUGUAUUUGGUGUGGAACAGCCUAUGAAGAUAAAGAUGACCUGUCUUCAAAUUGCCCAGGACCAACUUCUGCAGAUCAUGACUAAGAUUCUCAAUAAAGUAGAAACUUGGAAAA